CCCCAUAUCACCAUAACAAGUCGUUUUCAAAACACCCCGCCCCACUCUCCAGAGUCUCUGAAUAUACAUAUGCCCCUACUCUGCCUGCCUUGUAUAUUCUCCUCUUUUCCCUCUCUGCUUUCUUCUUCUUCCUCCUCUGCUUCCACUUUUAGAUAGAGUAUUUACUCUAUACAUUACUCUCCCCCCUCCAUCCCGCUCCCUGCCUCUGUCUCUCUCUCUCUCUCGUAGCCUUUCUUCACUUGUCUCUCGCUUUAUCACUCACCCACACUCUCUCCCUCCCUAUAUAUACACACACAUUCCACCUCUGUCUAGUCACGUCCACACGCCGUUCUUCCUUCAUUCCAACAUACUAUAUCCUGCUGCGAUUUGGUUCAAGUAGCUUAACAACAUGGAAGAGGAGUAUUACUACCGGGGAGGGCAUGUGCCGGCGUUUGGAAGCUGGGACUGGAACAACGACCUUCCUUUCACUCAGUGCUUCGAAUCCGCCCGCCAGGCCGGCUUCCUUCGCUACAGCUACUCCGAGGAUCCAGAUCUGUACGUCGCCGGCGACUUGUACCAGAACGACGUCGUCACUCCUACCGUCAUCGUCGUCCCUCGCCGCCCACGCCAGCAAGGGAAAGUGCGUCAGUCCCGCACCAAACAAGGCAAAACAAUGGAAAAGCAACAGCAGGCAGAAAUGGGGACGAGCCCGCCUCCAAAAUCUACAGCUACUACAAAUACUUCACUCCCGCGCUCCAAGCCGAAGCCGGUGGACGAAGAUCUGUACAAGAUCUCGCCCCACCUUCUCUAUGCAUCAACCAAACCCAGAAAGGCAAGAACCUGUUUUUCAUUUGCAGCAACCCCUGUUUUGUCUACUACAUUUACUUUAUCAGCAAAGGUGUAAUCGUAAUCGAUGGAUCUAAUUGAUCGGGGGAAAUGAUGUUUACAGAAGAAGAGGAGGGCGUUUGGGAUCUGGUCAAGCUGCUUGCUGCCUACCUGCGUCGUUUGAAUCUGAUGGUGCAUGCGUCUCCACCUAGAGAGUAGAGACUGGGUGGUGCAGUACAUAUUCUUAUUGUUAUCAAUUAUAAAUUUUAUAAUAGAUCAUGAUGGUGAAGGACUGAAGGUAGAGGAGAUUAAAUAUGCACUAUUAUCAUUACUUCAUUAUUAUUAGCAUGGUUGAGGAUGGAUUAAUUGCACGGGGUUUGCUUAUAUAAUUAUUAUUGAUAUUCUUGUAGUUAACUAAUCGAUCGGUAGUAGCUAGUUAUGUGAGAAAGUAGGAGGAUAGGAAGCAAUUUAGCGUUUUGGGGGGUUGACUUGAUUCCCUAUUUUGGGUUGAACAAAGCUCUCUCUAUCUGAUGUUUGGGUUUAUUAUUAUUAUUAUUAUUAUUAUUUUGGUCGAAUUUGGGUUUAUUUUCAUGAGUGGGGUUUGUAUCUCUUUGUAUUAUAUUAUGUCGAGAAAGAAAAAAAGGACAAUUGCUCUUCUUUUCUCUUCCCACUUACUUUCCCUGCUAGAGUGGCUAAUUUAAUUAGAGGGUUUAUCAUUAGUUUCACAUUUUGUCAUGUAAUCGUACUAGUGAUCCUUCUAAUUUAAUACUCAUUUUAUGUUUGGUC